GUAUGAGUAUCCCCGUCGAGAUCAGACCCUCCUCCCCGGCUCACAGCACUGCGGCCGCAGUAGGCGUGUGGGGGUACCGGGCUGUCGGUGCUACUACGUCACCCCAGCGGGAAAUUCCCACUCGCGGGGAGGAGCGGCCGAGGUAGAGCCGGCAACAGCUGAGCAGCAGCAGCAGCAGGGCGCGGAGCUGCUGCCGGCGCCGAGCGUCCCGGGCAGAGAGCGCGUGUGUGUAGCGGGCACCAUGGCUGGUGGGUGUGAACCCUGCGUCGAAAUAUUUGAGCAACCCAGGCAGAGAGGCAUGCGUUUCAGGUACAAAUGUGAAGGACGAUCAGCAGGCAGCAUUCCAGGAGAAUGUAGUACCGACAGCAAUAAGACAUAUCCCACUGUAGAGGUUCUGAACUUUGAUGAUAAAGUGAAAGUAAGGAUUACAUUAGUGACAAAGAAUGAGCCCUACAAGCCACACCCUCAUGACCUGGUUGGAAAAGACUGUAGGGAUGGCUACUAUGAAGCAGAAUUUGGACGAGAUCGCAGAGUCCUAUCUUUUCAGAAUUUGGGCAUUCAAUGUGUUAAGAAGAGAGACCUGAAAGAAUCAAUCUGUUCACGAAUCGCAAGAAAGAUCAAUCCAUUCAGUGUGCCUGAAGAACAGCUGCUUAAUGUUGAUGAGUAUGACCUCAAUGUCGUGAGACUCUGCUUUCAGGUGUUCCUCCCUGAUGAACAUGGCAAUUGUACAAUACCAAUUCCUCCUGUCAUCUCCAACCCUAUUUAUGAUAACCGAGCUCCUAACACAGCAGAGUUGAGAAUCUGUCGUGUGAACAAGAAUUGUGGAAGUGUAAAAGGAGGAGAUGAAAUAUUUCUACUGUGUGACAAGGUUCAAAAAGAUGAUAUAGAAGUCAGAUUUGUCUUGAAUGAGUGGGAAGCCAAAGGUAGUUUCUCACAAGCUGAUGUACAUCGCCAAGUCGCUAUUGUAUUCAAAACCCCACCAUUUUACAAAGAUAUCACUGAACCAGUUACAGUAAAGAUGCAGCUGCGAAGACCCUCUGACCAGGAAGUCAGUGAGUCGAUGGAUUUCAGAUAUCUUCCAGAUGAAAAAGAUCCUUAUGGUAAUAAAGCAAAAAGACAAAGGCAAAUAUCAACAUUGGCUUUGCAAAAGCUCAUGCAGGAAUAUGGUCCCAAUGUGUCUGAGAGGCCCAAAGCAGCUCCAUUCCGGUCUAUCCCUGGUGAUGGGAGGAUAAUUAAGAAAGAACCAAAUAUGUUUUCUCAAACUGCGAUUAUGCCGCUGCAGAGAACUCCUGUAAGCACCAGUCAAAUUCCGUCUUACUAUUCCCCACCCACAUGCAAUUCAAAUCCAAUCCCACAUCAGCCUACAAAUGUGCAGGCCGUGGGACCGGUUAAGCAUGAUGAAGCUCUUUCUUCAUGUUGGCAGUCCCUGUGCUCCGCUUCAUCGGGCAACACAGUUAAUACACACCCACAGAACAGUUUUGUAAUGGAUGCACUUCACCCUAACCCACAGAGCAGCAGUUCUCUCUCAGCUCUUCAUGAAAAUGUUCUGCACUGGACUGAUCAGAAGGAUAUAAACUACUAUCGAGAUUUCACCAGCACAAAUGGUAUAGGAGCAUCAGCAAUGUCACAGCAAGACAUGCAGAAUGUCUCUGAUAGCAGCAUCAUGCAUCAGGCUCACACCAUAAACGUCACAGCACCCAGCAUUGUUAACAUGGAGACUGAUGACAUGGGAUGCAUGAGCAUGAACGUAGAAAAGGCAUCAUUUAAUCAAGUUUUAAACCCAAAUGAUCACAGGAGGCAAAUCCAUCAGACGCCUUCUAUCAGUACAUCUCUAGCAGCUUCUGGUAGCUCAUCUUUUAGUUCACAGUCCAACGCAUUUCAUUCAGCUGCUUACGGUUUCCUAGACCCUCAAGUUAUGAACGAAUCAAGGUCACCCAGCAAUCUUAUUCAGAAUAAUCAAAAUAGUGCUUCCAAUAGCCAGUACUAUACAGAUGGGACCCAAGGUGAAGAAGAGCUUUUGAGCUCCUUUGAAGUCCAUUUCGAAGCUCUGUUUCAGGGCUUCAACCCCUGAGUCUCUGUUUUGCUGUCAGUCUGAAAACCAGUAUCCAAAAUUUCUCUAAUGGCCAGAGACAGAGAAUUUAUAUGUAGUCGAAUAUUAAUACUCAUAGUUAUGCUGUGGGAGCCUAACUUUUCCUCUCGGAAUGUUUGUCAGUGCAACUUAUUAUGCACGUUUCAGACUAUAAUUAGGACGGCUGAUCAAAGGUUGAUGCCACAUUAAAGGUGACAUUAGGGAACAGGGUUUGGGAAUUUACAUCAAAAUAACCCCAUAUAAUUUUUUUAUACUGUUGGAAAGGGGUAGUGAAGGGGGCUGCUAAGUGCUAAAGACCUCCUGCGCUCAGCCGAAGCUCACUCAUGGAAACAAGUAUCUUCAGAGGGGCUACAUUUAUAUCAUUUAAGAGAAGGAAGUAGUUGGAAACGAGAACAGUUGUUUCUCCUUACAAAAUUAAUAUAAAUUUGCUAAAUAACAAACCAGACAAAUCCAGGAAUUGUCCUGCUGGUGCACAGCAGUGGCCCAUUUAGUCCUCUUAAUAUUUUCUUCUUACCUGAUAGUGCUAUCUCUACAUUUUUUAUAUACAUAUUUUUAUUGCUAAACUUAGCUUAUGCACUGAUUUUUUUUUCACAUUUAUAUGUUCACUCUAUUUGCUUACAAAGCAAAUUUGUUUUUAAAAAUGGUAAUGACUAUGUCAUUGUUAGAUCUAUUUAAAAAUAUUAGACUGUUCCCUGGAAUUCUUAACUAGUGCAGCUA